AUGCAACAUGAUUCAAUAUCGUUGCAAAGAGCACUUCUGAUGGCUCUGUGGGAAGCCAUUCAUCUUGACUAUGGGAGAUAUGACCAUUUUUGUUUCGGCAUCAAAGAAGAUCGGGUGAUGGCUCUGUGGAAAGCCAUUCAUCUUGACUAUGGGAGAUAUGACCAUUUUUGUUUCGGCAUCAAAGAAGAUCGGGUGAUGGCUCUGUGGAAAGCCAUUCAUCUUGACUAUGGGAGAUAUGACCAUUUUUGUUUCGGCAUCAAAGAAGAUCGGGUGGGGAAAAUCGAAAAAGUGAAAAAGGAUCUUGUUCGGAGAGUCCAAUUGGGCGAUGGAAUGGAAGGUUUAAGAAGGCUUUUGAGAGCAGAGAAGGUUUUAUCGUAUUCGUAUCCUUUUGCUUAUUAUAUGUUUGGUGAUAACCUUUAUAAGGAUGGAUUGACGGAGGAACAGAGGGAACUGAAACAGUGCCUUUUCGAGAUGCAGCAACAACAUCUUGAAGCAAUGGCUGAGAAGCUCUCAUUGUUGCUUUUGAGUAAUCGUUCUGAAGGUUCAAGAAUGGAGAUCCUUGAUCUCUCUAGGACUACUGAAAAGUACUGCAGGAGGUUUUAUGAUUGCUUUAGAAACAAUGAAUUGGUUCCAAUUCAGCAAUUUGCAGCUUCCUGUAAGGUUUAA